AUGGGCCCCUGGACGCUCUCAGCAGCAGCAGCUGCUGCUCUCCGGCGGCAGGCUAGCAGCAGCAACAGCAGCAGCAGCGGCAGCGGCGAAGUGCCAUCUUCUCCGUGCUCCGGUGCUGCUGCUGCUGCCACCGCAGCUCCCACAGCAGCAGCAGCAGCAGCAGCAGCAGCGCCGGAACCUAUCCUUGUGACGUGCCGCAGCACCGGCAGCAGCUGCGCAGCCACAAGGGGCCCCCCGUGGGGCCCCCCAGGGGGGGCGUGGGUGGGGCAACUUGAGGGUAUUAGAAUUUCUUUUCCUUUUGAACCUUAUGCUUCUCAGAAGCAGCUAAUUGCUGCUGCUGCUGCUGCUUGUCUAGAGGGGCAGCACGCGCUGCUGGAGAGCCCCACGGGCACUGGCAAGACCCUCUGUUUGCUGGCAGCAACUCUCGCGGUGCAGCAACAGCAGCAGCUGCUGCUGCAGCAGCAGCUGCUGCGCAGCCCCAACGCCCUCCAAAGAGCUGCAAACAGCCACCUCCCCUGGAUGCACCUGCAGCAGCAGCAGCAGCAGCAGCCUGUGGUGGGGAAGAUCCUGUAUGCUUCAAGAACUCACGGGCAGCUGCAGCACGUAAUGGAAGAGCUGCGAAAGACUUCUUAUGCUGCUUCGGGGGCCCACAACGAGCUGCUGCAGCAGCUGCGGCAGCAGCAGCAGACGCAGCAGCAGCAGCAGAUGCAGCUACAGCAGCACAAACAGGAAAAACGAAAACACUCUUCCGUCGUCGGCUGGAGCGCCUUAGCCCCAACCCCGCCACCUGCUGCUGCUGCUGCACCUGCUGCUGCUGCUGCACCUGCUGCUGCUGCUGCAGUGAAGACCCCGCCAACCGAAGCAGCAGCAGCAGCAGCAGCAGCACCAGCAGCAGCAGGCCGCGUCAAACUAGAACCCGCAGCAGCAGCAAAGCCGGACGAGAAGCCGCCGGGCCCUCUUCCAUCGCCCGCGGCAUCCGCAGCAGCUGCUUCCGCCCCCGCAGCAGCAACAGCAGCAACAGCAGCAGCAGCAGCAGCAGCAGAUCGGCAGCGGGGCCUGCGGGUUUGCGUGCUGGCCUCUAGAGACCAUUUGUGUGUAAAUGAGUCUUUAAGAAACUUCAAGGGGGCGGCCCUCGUCAGGGCCUGCAGGCAAAGAGUCAGGGCCCAGGCCUGCGGCUUUUAUUUGGGAUUAAUUAGACAAAAAGAUUUGCUUCUGGAAAAAGUCUUUUCCUUCCCUGGGGGCGGACUCGACAUUGAAGAGCUGAAAACCCUAGCCACCACUGGGGACUCUCCCUUUUGUCCCUUUUACCUCUCGCGAGAGGCCCAGACGAAGGCGAAUUUGCUGCUGCUGCCUUACAGCUACCUCUUGGCGCCCCAGGCCAGCAGCAGCAGCAGCAGCAGCAGCAGCAGCAGCAGCAGCAGCAGCAGCGGCAGCAAACUCCUCAGUCCUGAGGCCCUCUCAAACGCCCUCGUUGUGAUCGACGAAGCCCACAACAUAGAACGCCAAGUUGCUGCUGCUGUUUGCCAAGAGACUGAAGCAGCAGCAGCAGCAGCAGCAGCAGCAGAAGGAGCAGCAGCAGAAACAGCUGAACUCCCCUCCCUUGCUGCUGUCUACACACUCGCGCAAAGCGUGCAAGCGCUGGACAAGUGGCUGGCAGAGCUGGAGCUGCUGCCUGCAGCAGCUGAGAUCUCCACGCCGCACGUGCUGUUGUCCCUCCCAGAGUUUGCGCCUGCUGCUGCUGCUGCUGCUGCUGCUGGGCAGCAGCGACGGAGACACUUGAAAGCUGAAGUCCAAGAAAACAAAGAGCCGCCAGUCCAGGGCUUUUUUGGCUUUGCAGCCAGAGAGCAGCUAAUCGAAACCCUUGACAGGUAG